AUGGCACUAGACAAACAAAAAAUUUUGAGUGAAUUGGGCAGUGUUAUGAAUCAACUUAAAAGUGCUGAUUGCGGAUGUAUAGGGAAAUUAUUCGGUAAUACAAAUCCUCACCCGUCAAGUCCUAUGCAAGUGCCUAGCGGUUGUAAGCAUGGAUGUUGCCAUAGCCACGGUCAUAAUAAUUGUACACCGUAUACACCGUGUAUGGGAGCGCCUUGUCCGUCCACUAAUUCACGGCAUAUGAAUCAAUCAUGUAUGGGUCACUGUAACCCAGCAAAAAUGUACGGCGAUACAUACCAUUACUUAAGCGAAAACCUUAUGCAGCCUGUUGUAAAUGAAGUCUAUAAUGAUUUAAAAACGAUCACUCCAGCUAACACGAUAAUGAAUAACGAGGGUGUUAAUGCGACGACUGCAUCUCAAGGACAAACCAAUAUGCAGCCUCAAGGACAAACCAAUAUGCAGCUCAUGCAAAAUAAAGACAGCGCAAAACUUGAAAAUACUCCUAACACUAACCAAAGUCCAAGAAUGGAAGGUCAGGUGAAUGGAAUGGGACCUCACCUAGUAAAUAUGAUGAUGAGUGGAAACAAAAUGAAAGCAAACGACAUACAAGGGGAUACAGGUUCUUUAACGCAGCCCGUGGUUAUUGAUGCACCUCAAUCGCCUCAUGGGAAAGUGGGAAUUAUGCCUUUACCUGUCCAAACGAACAUGCACCAAGGUGGUGAUAGACAAAUACACACGUUUAAUCAACACCGUGAGAAUAAUCAAGGAAAUUUAGGUAACCAAGUACAAGGUGCAAAUCAAAAUAAAUUAUUAUCAAUCCCAAAUGUAAAUGCUAAUUAUGGGGUUCAAAACAUGACACCAAAUCCGAAACAUUUUGGACAACACACCCAAGGUAUCGCUAAAUUUAAUGAGAUGUUCCCUGGUGUAACGCAAAAUUUAGGCGGGGACUUAGGUUUUGAUCCUAUGGCGAUAGCCGUACAAAUGAACCCUGCUAAUCAAAAACGCGCUGCCAUGCAUACAAUGCAUAGGAUAAUGAAUAAUAAUAAUUCGGAGGUAAAUAAUAAUUUUAACCCAACACAAACAGAACAACAACCUGUUGUGGGGACGGGGUCAGAAGCAACGCAUAUGUUAGCUACUAACUUAGAGCAUUCAAAUAUAAAUCCAAAUCAAGUACAACAAAGUAACUUUGCCAUGCCUUUAAAUGAUCAAAUGUCUACAAAUGAGCAGAUCAUGCAAAACAAGGACCAGUUAAAUUAUUCGUAUAAUGAAGGAAUAAAAUCGUAUCCACAAGCUUAUGCAACGCUGACAUCAGCUUCAGGAGGUUAUCAACAGCCAGGACAACAGCAACAACAAUUUCAAGGGCUUCCUCAACAAUAUAUGCAACAACAACAAAUACGAACAAAUAUGGCAGAUCCGAAUGCUAAUAACCUAAUAUCAAAUAAUAAAGAAAUGGUAAAUACGCCAAUGAUUCAGAUGCAGCAAUCAACGUUAAAUUCACCACCUAUACCAGAGUUCGUUCCAAUGCCUAACACACCACAGCAAAUAGUGAAAGAACCGACGUUCCCAGCUUCUACUACUCAAAAUCAACUUAUAUCGCAUCUAAAGCAGCCAGUAAGCUAUACAUACAAUACUCUAGGCCAACCAAUUGAAAUGCUCCCAGCAGAGAUUUAUCACAGUAAAGAUCCAGGCGGUCCUCAAACGUUAUCCCCUCAAGACAUUCCCUCAAAACCCAAGGAUCCUAAAAUAUUUAGCAACGUUAAAUCAACUGUGAGCAAGACUUCAAUAAUAGGAAAUCGCCCGAUCGGAAAAAUUUCAAGCAGAAGUCAAUUACAAAAUAUCUAUAACCAGUAUAAAGGCUCUCAGUCUCUUACACAUCACAAUAUCUCAGGUUAUAACGAACGAGCUUCUUAUUCAGAAGAUCAGUUUAAAAUUCCUCACCAAAGAACAGAAGGAGUUGCGCCUAAUCAUCAAAUAGUUGAAAAAAUUGGAGGUGAUUCAUUACUGGAUACUGAAAGUAAUCAAAAUUCACAAAGAAAAACAGAACAAGUACCAGGUCACAUUGGCGAUGUUCCUCACAGUAAUGAAAUCCAGAGUAAUGGAAUGACAGAACCAACGUUAACAAGAAAACCUAAAGCUAGGAAUGGCUUGCAAGAUAUGGUUUAUACAUCGUAUCCUUCUUCAGCCGCUUGGUCUUUUCACGGUCAUACUCGGCCACCUCUUUCAGUUGGAGCUCGUGUUAAAACAAGAUUUUAA